AUGGCUACUUUCACCCCCAUCCCGCUCGACAGCACGGAAACCAUUGCGCGCUACUCGCCCACCUCCACCGAACAGGCCGUCCAGGUCGAAAAGGUGCAGGUCGAGCACCGCCUCCAGCUCAUCAACACCUGGCGCAUCCCCCCCGGCUCCAAGAUCCUCGAGAUUGGCUGCGGCCAGGGCACCUGCACUACUGUGCUUGCCACCGCCGCCGGCGCCGACGGGCACGUCGACGCCGUGGACCCCGCCAGUCCCGACUACGGUUCCCCGUGCACCCUGGCUGAGGCGCAGGCCAUUGUCAGCAAGUGCGCCGUCGGCGACCGCAUCACCUGGCACAAUGCCGAGCCGGUGGACUUCCUGGCCGCGUCGGACAAGAAGUGGGACUACGCCGUCUUCACACACUGCAUCUGGUACUUUGACAACCGCAGCGUCCUCGAUACCAUGUUCCGCGCCCUCAAGGGCCGCGUCGGCACCGUGCUGGUGGCCGAGUACGCCCUCAAGGCGACGGAGCGCGACGCCGAGCCCCAUCUCCUGGCCGCCAUUGCGCGCGCCUCGCUCGAGGCGCACAACCCCGACAGCGAGGCCAACAUCCGCUGCCUCCUGAGCCCUGCCGGGAUCAAGGAGCUGGCCGUGGCUGCUGGAUGGAAGGUUGGUGAAGAGUCCAACAUUGUCCCCGCUCAAAGCCUGCUCGAUGGUACCUGGGAGGCUGGCGAGGUGCGAAACAAGAGCUUCGUGGCGGAAGUCGAAAAGCGUAUCCAGUCUCCUCGUGUCAAGGAAAUGCUGAUUUCUUCGCGCGAAGCUGUGAUUGCCUCUUACGCUGCUAUGGAUGGUCGCAAAACUCGCACCAUGGACGUUUGGACUGCCUCUCUCAUCCCGUCUGAAUAA